AUGCCUUCUACCUCCGGGUACGAGGCCGGCCCAGCUGACGCUGGAGGCAAUUUAUGGCUGAGAACUGGGCUCGGGCUGAGACGGAGCUGGCUGGGCUUUCGCCGCCGCAGGGGGAUGCCCUCGGGCUGUGAUCUCCCCGAGCAGAGCAUGGCUCAUGUGAUUCUGCCCCCAUCGAGCUCCGCUCGCGCUCUGAGCUGGUCUUGCAGUGCAGGCUGUGCAGCGGGGGGGGACAGUAUGACCCAACUCAACCUCAGCAGCUCCCGUCUGACCACCACAUCCGAUCGGCUGGCUGUCAUUCUGGAGACAGAUGCGACCAGCCCAUGCGACUCUGUCGGGUAUGCAGAAUCCAAAGCCAACAGCAGAUUCUACGUGUUCUGUAAGACAGUCUGUAAGGCCAUCUAACCUGGAAAACUUUGUGUUCACUGCAAUGACUGCAAACAAGGAAACCUCACACUCAGCAGGGGACCGUGCUGCUGCGAUGACGUCCUUCUGCCUAACAGGAUUCAUGGAAUAUGUCAGUCACAAGAAUGUGAUGGCAGAAUGGCAGAGUUCUACCUGAAAUGUGCUGCCCACCCCACCUGUGAUAAUGAUACUUCUGUAGCUCUGGACCUGAUAAUGCCCAACACACGCAGAGUCCUCUGCAUCGCCUGCAUGGACAACAUGACUCCAGUUCUGGUGUUUCAGUGUGCCGAGCGUCACGUCAUCUGCCUGGGGUGCUUCCACCUGUACUGUGUGACCAGACACAAUGAGAGGCAGUUUAUCCAUGAGCCUGUGGUGGGUUACUCCUUGCCAUGUGCAGCUGGCUGUCUAGACUCGCUCAUUAAGGUUCAUCAUUUCAGAGUCCUGGGAGACGAGCAGUAUAAGCAUUACCAGCGGUAUGCAGUAGAGGAGUGUGUUCUUCAGAUGGGAGGAGUUCUGUGUCUGGCCCCAGGAGGUGGAGCUGGGCUGCUUCCUGCAGAUGAUGGCAGAAGAGUCUGCUGUGAGUUAGGGAAUGGACUCGGCUGUGGUUUUGUAUUUUGCAGGAACUGUAAGGAGCAGUAUCAUGAGGGAGAGUGCAGACAGAGGACGGCCUCUGCGGCGGGCAGCACCCUGCAGGAUUAUAUUGUAGAUGAGGAAGCAGCCCUUUGUUCCCGCUGGGAUCAGGCCUCACAGGAGACUAUAGCUAAGACCACUCACCCCUGCCCCAAAUGCCAAGUUCCUGUGGAAAAGGACGGUGGCUGUAUGCACAUGGUGUGUCCGCAUUCACAGAGUAUGUUUGAAUGGUGCUGGCUGUGUGGUGUGGAGUGGAACAGGGAAUGUAUGGGCAACCACUGGUUCGGAUAA